AUCGCCAGACGUGGGUCAUUGAGCCACGAGAUAUCGCAGUCUAUUUCCGACGGUCAACUGUGUGAUACGCUGUUUCCGUGCCCUCCUGACCUUAACAAAAUUACAAUGCUCUCAUUAAUAUUACAUCUCUCUCUCAUUCUCUGCGCUUUCUGUGACCUCGCCGAAUACAAGAGUAAAAGAGACAAGCUAAUUGAAGAUGAAUAUCGACUCACACUCGGAGGAAAUAUUAAUUUAACCGAAAAGGAGAUUAUCGUCAACAACUGCCUAAUGCAAUACAAGUUUCACGAAGUUGAUUAUGGGUUCAACAACCCGAAGUACUUUAAUUUCAGUCAUCAUUAUUUCUCUUACAGAGAAAAAAUAGGACAAUCCAAAGUGUAUCGGAUUAUAAAGGAUAUGCCAAAAGGUGCCGCGCUUCAUGUUCACGACAUGGGUAUAUUGGGUCCGGAUUACUUAAUGAAUAUAACCUACAUGAACAAUCUUUACGUGUGUUUAGAUAAAAAUGUAAAUUUAAAAUUUUCAAAUAAAACUCCCCAGAUUCCCUGUGAAGGACAAUGGCAGUUAAUUAGUAAAAUUAGAGAAACAUGUGGUAAUGUCACAAAAUUCGAUGCAGAAUUAAGAAAACAUUUUAGCCUUGUUGUAGACAACCCUGAUGUUGUAUACCCAAGUAUCACAGAGUCGUGGAGCACGUUCAUGAACUAUUUUAUAACUGUCGCACCUAUGCUUACUUACAGGCCAAUAUGGGAACAGUAUUUUUACGACGUCUUAUAUAAAUUUAGAGAAAAUAAUAUAAUGUAUCUUGAAGUGAGAAGUAUAUUACCUAAACUUUAUGAGUUAGAUGGUACUGAAUAUGACCCACUGAUUACUGCUAAAGCAUAUAGGAAAGCUGUAACGAGAUUCACAAAAGACUAUCCAGACUUUUUUGGUGCAAAAUUAAUAUACGCGCCUUCGAGGCAAGUGGACAAAGUUACCGUUGAAGAAUAUAUUAAAUUGGCGAAAAGAUUAAAAGAGGAUGUGCCUGACAUAUUUGCUGGGUUCGACUUAGUCGGUCAAGAGGAUCUAGGGAAUCCAUUAAUAGAAUUUCUUCCCCAACUGACAGCAGCUAAAGGCGACCUGAACUUCUUUUUUCACGCAGGCGAAACUGAUUGGUACGGCACGUCAACUGACGAAAAUUUAUUUGAUGCCAUAUUGCUGGGAGCAAAACGUUUAGGUCAUGCGUACGCACUGCCUAAACAUCCUUUGUUGAUGAAGGAAGUGUUAAAAAAUGAUAUAGGUAUAGAAGUGAAUGUGAUAUCAAACACGGUGUUGUCUUUAGUACGUGAUGUAAGAAAUCAUCCAUUGAAUAUAUUCCUCGCACAUGGUCUUCCCGUGGUACUCUCAAGCGACGAUCCUGGUGCUUGGGAAGCUGAUCCAAUAUCUGAAGAUUUUUAUGUAGCAUUUGUUGGAGUGGCUAGCAGAAGUUCUGAUUUAAGAAUGUUAAAAGCAUUAGCGUUGAACUCUUUGAAGUAUAGUGCUCUGGGUGGACAGAAUAAAAACGAUGCUAAUAAAAAGUUCAUUACGAGAUGGAAUGAUUUUGUAGAAAAAUUUAAUUGUGCAUCGUAUUAAAAUUCCUUAUUUCAAGGUAGCGGACAAUCAUUAAAGUAUUAUUCUUAUUAUUAUAACUGUUUUAAAAUUAUAACAAAGUAAUUGUACCUACUGAUGAUAGUUUUAACAUUUGAAUACAACAUUAACAUUUGAACCUAUGUUUUCAUAUAAAUAAUCAUACGUGAAACUAAGUACCAUUACUUUAAUAAUGUCACAUAG